GCUGGGUAAUAGCACUUCCAACAUGGCGGCGCCCGUCUGAAUGAAAGUUCGCUACCUGAUCACUUUCACUUUCCACGCUUCAAUCAAGCUACAGGUGGUUUGGACAUCCUUUGACCAAAGAGCAGACUCCUCCUUUUGUCCCUGUUGCCAGGAAACACAUUGAGAAUGAGUGAGGGUUCCAAGCUGUGGGGAGGGCGGUUCACCGGCGCGAACGACCCGGUGAUGGAGAAGUUCAACGCCUCGAUCGGCUUCGACCGGCGGAUGUGGGAGGCGGACAUCAAGGGCAGCCAGGCGUACGUCCGCGCACUCGGCAAGGUCGGGCUCGUCACCAAGGACGAAAUGGAGGAGAUCUACGAGGGACUGGGCAAGGUCGGUAUAGAGUGGCAGAACGGGACGUUUCAGAUCCAGCCGAGCGAUGAAGACAUCCACACUGCAAAUGAGCGCCGGCUCAAGGAGUUGAUUGGACCUGCUGCGGGCAAGCUUCACACCGGCCGCAGUCGUAACGACCAGUGCGCGACCGACAUGCGCAUCUGGCUGCGGGAGGCGCUGAGAACACUGAGGGGAUACCUGCUGGACUUCAUCCACGUCUUCCUGGAGAGGGCCAAAAGAGAGACUGACAUCAUUAUGCCAGGCUACACCCACCUGCAGAGGGCUCAGCCAAUCAGGUGGAGCCACUGGUUGCUAAGCCACGCCUGCGCCCUGCAGAGAGAUGCUCAGAGGCUGGAUGAGAUGGCAGUCAGGGUCAACGAACUCCCUCUGGGAAGUGGGGCUCUGGCAGGAAACCCCUUCAAUGUGGACAGACAGUUCCUGGCUAAGGAGCUUGGCUUUGGCGCUGUGAGUCUGAACAGUCUGGAUGCCACCAGUGGGAGAGACUUUGUUGUUGAGUUCUUGUUCUGGGCGUCUCUGACGGCGACCCACCUGAGUAAGUGGGCGGAGGAUCUCAUCAUCUACAGCAGCAAGGAGUUCAGCUUCAUCUCCCUGUCAGACGCCUACAGCACCGGCAGCAGCCUGAUGCCACAGAAGAAGAACCCGGACAGUCUGGAGCUGAUCAGGGGGAAGGCAGGCCGGGUGUUCGGGCAUUGCUCAGGUUUCAUGAUGACCUUGAAGGGUCUGCCCAGCACCUACAACAAGGACCUUCAGGAGGACAAGGAGGGGAUGUUCGACGCGUACGACACCAUGACGGGCGUGUUGCUUGUGGCAACGGGCGUGCUGUCCACCCUGGAGGUCAACAAGGUCGCGGCGAAGGCUGCGCUGAGCCCCGACAUGCUGGCCACCGACAUCGCCUACUACCUGGUCCGCAAGGGGAUCCCGUUCCGUGAGGCCCACGGCAUGUCUGGUGCAGCCGUCCACCUGGCGGAGACCAAGAAGUGCCAGCUGAGCGACCUGACCCUUGCCGACCUGCAGACCAUCAGCCCGAAGUUCACAGCUGAUGUGGAGAAGUUGUGGAACUAUGAGAACAGUGUGGAACAGUACACUGCUGCCGGGGGGACCAGUGGGGCGUCCGUCAUGCACCAGAUACAGACUCUCGACGAGUGGCUCGCGCACAUGAGAAACAAGUCACAUACCAUGAAGUCCAGACUGGAGAUGGACGUCACGCUGAACUAA